AUGGAUUUGUUCAAUCGAAUUGGUGAUUUAAUUAUCAUUUUAAUAUUUGCAAAUAUCUCGCAAUGUCUGAGGGUAAAGGAUGAGUUCUUCAAACGCAAUAAAGAGAUGUGUAUGCGAGUGGCGAAACAGCCAUUCUUUGAUGUGGAUUUGGUUGUUGGGAAACCUUGGAAAGUAUUUUAUACGUGGAAUUUGAAAUUGGAUGGUGAUAUAACUUGCUUCGAGUUUACGUUCAAGAAUGCUAGUGGUGAGACAAUAAACCGCGUUUGGUCAGAAAUGGGAGAGUAUUUAGAACAGCAGCCAUCUUGGGAAGCGGCAACUCUCUGUUUGUACGUGGGACCAUCGAAGCACGAGAUGCUGCUCUUCGCUGACCAGGGUCCAGCUGGAAGUUUCGUCGGUGUUCCGAAUAUGGUUCGGAGUUCAAGUCUAGUACCGACACGUAAAGGAGUAAGCCUAAUAAAGUUUCAAUUUAAGCUGCUAAACGAAGGGAAGUACCUGCUGAUCGUGGACUGCAACCAAGGGGUCGCUUCACUAGGUACGAGAUCACAAGAUCCGGCCAACAGGACCGAGAUCGAGGGUUUAGUAGCUGGCCUUAAUCUGGGAGACGGAUUCCCAGUCUGCGCUAAAGAAAGUAAUAAAAACGAAGAGUUACUCUAA